AUGAGGAACUUCACCUUGAUAACAGCUUUACUUCUCUGCAGCCUCAGCUGGAUGUCUGUCUCAGCUUCUGAGUCUCACACUGUGGAGGUCCAGUCUGGUGCAGACGUCACUCUGAUGUGCUCAAACAUUUCCAGCGUUACAUCUACAACAGAAUGGUUCAGAGUGAUCAACAGAAAGAAGCCCAGCUGUGUCUCCUCCAUGAACCCAUAUGAUAGCAAUUCUUCCUUCUGUGAUGGAUUUCAAAAUGGAUUUGAGAUGAGCUCCAACAUCUCUACUGUUUUUCUUAAAAUCAAGAGAGUGGAUUUAUCUGACUCUGGACUGUAUUUCUGUGGAAUUUACAUAGGCAGACAUACAGUCAUUGUCAAUGCAACAUAUCUAAAAGUUCAAGCAGAGUCUGAUGGAACAGCAACGCUGAUGAUUUUGAUCCUGGGAGCUCUGACUGUUCUCCUCUUAAUGGUCAUCAUUGGUCUGGUUGUUAAAAUCAUGAAACUACAGAAAGCUGCCAAUGAAGAACAGAAUCCACAACAGCCUGAGAACCGGGCCUCUGAAGAGCUGAACUACGCAGCUGUGGCUUUCCAUCCAAAAACAAGAAAAACAAGAGAAGUGGAGCCCAAUGUUGUGUAUGCUUCUACUAGAUAGACUCAGGAUGAAACCAGAGAAGUGGUUCAGAAUAACACUGAUUCUUUCUCAUAUGACCAUAUGAUAGAGCAUCAGAAUAUGACCAUCACUUUGUCAACAGAAGGACAAAAGAUGUGCAGUGUGUCUAUGUCUGUCUAUGCUGGUAUGGGGAAUACAAUUCAGGAGAUAAAGCAGCAAUCCAGUUCUACAUUUGACUUUAAAAAAAAUUAACUACUCACUUUUCUUUUUUCUUUCCUUUCACUGCUUGUCUCUAUUAAACUCUGACACGGUUUCAUCGGUAGUUCCACUUCCCCUCAGAUAAUACAAAGCAGCAUA